AUGCCUUCUUUUAGAAGUAUCAAACUCUCAUCACAUUCAUACUCCUCGCCGCCUUGCCCUGAGGAGCCAAGUGCCCCUCCUCCUCCACCCCCACCUCCCCGCGCACCUUGUUCACCUUGCCAACACAAAAAUCACACUCAUCCACCACCCGGCUCGGCCCCUCCACCCCCACCACCACCAACAACCACUACUCCUCCACCUCCAACACCACCACCACCAGCCACUACUCCUGCACCUCCACCAACAACUGCUACUCCUCCAGCUUCACCCCCACCACCAAGGGCAAGUCCACUUCCAUUUUAUAAUCCAGCAGCAGCCAUAGCUCCGCCGCCAUAUUUUCUACAAUCCCCAACUUCACAACAGUCCAUAGCUCCUUUGUCGGCUGCAGGGAACCAACACCAACCCCAAUUGGUUGGUAUCUCUUUAGGUGGCUUGUUCUUUCUCUCCUUCUUGGCACUUGGCAUCAAUUACAUCUUCGGCAAGAAAUUCUUUGUCUCCGCAACCGCUGGCACCACCAGCGCUCUACCACCCCCCAUAAAUGACGCCGCCACUGUUGCCACCAUGACCGCCACCCAACCACUCAUGCCAACUACUGUCACUCACCCACCUUCUAACGUGACGGAUGCACAUGCACCUGAACAGAGGCCGACCCAGCAAGAAGAUCAUCGGAAAGCAGAGCAAGAAGAUGAGCAGUCGGAGAAGAAGAAGAGGAAGAAGGUUAAGGCCGACACGGUGGUACAGAGCCUAAAAGAGACGGGGAUGCUUCUAACUGCUUUGUUGGCAGCAUCUCCAUCUCAUAAGGAUAAAGGAGAGACCUCCUAUGCUGUCAACAACACUGAUAAUGAUCAGUUGAAGGAAAAUGCCGAUGGUGGUAACCCAGACGAAGACGAUGGCGAUGAAGAUGCGGUAGCUAAUGAUACUCCUGAAAUAGAGCAUGACAAGACCGUUUCCGGCGACGCCCUGAUAGCGGCUGAGAAGCUUGCGCCGUCGACAAAACCACCACGUGGUGGCCGUGGCGCGCAGUCUUCUUCAUCGAGAUAUCCCAAAGAUGUCGAGAAAUUUCAGACAGAUUCAUCUCAACAGUAUUUUGAUGAGAAUGAUGAAAAUGCGGAUCAAGGUGGUGGUGAAGAAGAAGGUGAUGAUAAUCUCUCUCAACAACAUUUUGUUGAGAAUGAGGACAAAGUGGAUCAGGAAGGUGGUGUAGAAGAAGGUGAUGACAAUCUAGAUAAACCAAAGGAUGAUGUUGGCGUCGGUGGUGAUGAUGAUGUUAAUAAUGGACGGAGGGUUGGCGCGGUUGGGGGCCGAGGAAGAGGUCAAGGACGGGGACAGGGACGAGGAAGGGGAAGGGGAAAUUCUAGGAAUCGGAAAAUAAGUUCCACUCUCAACUUAGUGAACAAAAGUGAGAAGCAAAUUUAUGAGAAAUCGGCGGAGAAGAAUGGUGAAGAGACCAAAUUGGAAGAGGGGGAGAGACAAGGAACCAGUGGUAAUGAUAUGAACAAGAAGAGUGACGAGGAAGAUGACGAGGAGAGUGAAGGUGAUGAUGAGAAAGACGAUAGUUUGGUAGAGGAGUUGGGAGAUUUAGACAUUUUGGGGUUGGCAAAUCUGGGGCCGGGCUUGUUUAAGAGGUGGAGCAGUGUGGUGGAGAAGCUUGUCAAGAGGAACACUCGUUUGGUGUAUCAAUUGCAAAAAAUGAUUAAUGAGCGUGAAAAUAAUUCGCCGGCAGAUGAGAUGCGUCAGGAGCCUUCAGUGAAGAGGAGCGAUGUGGCUCCGAGUGGUAAACAGGGGAAAACUAUGAGUGGUGCAUUGAAUGGGAAUGAUGGGCGUAAGGGAAAGAGGGUGAUGACUAGGGUGGCUGAUAAGGAUAUUUCCCGAUUCGAAGGUGAGGGUGGGGGUGAGGAAGAUGAUGCGGAACGUGGUGAUGUUGAAGAUGUUGAGAAAGAAGAGUACCCAACCGAAUGUGGCGAGGUUGAAACGGUGAGCCCCAUCCCUGAUGAUGAAGAAGAGGUAGAAAAGACGAAUGAUGAAGAUGUAGCCAAGGAAAGGAUGCGUGAUGAAGAUGAAGGCAAGGCAACUAUAAAAGAGAUGCGUCCGGUGGAUCAUGAGUCAUUCGUGAAGAAGAAUAAGAAGCCGGGGCAGCGUGGAGUGAAAGCAGUGAGUGGGAAGGAGCAAGAAAUGAAGUUGGGGAAGGAUGAUAAUGUAUUAUCAUUACUUGGGGGGAGUGAUGAGGCUAAUAGUAGAGAGCGUGAUCAACUCAAUGUUGCCGGUGUGUUUGAUGGUGAUGAUGAAACAAAUGAGCAGGAAGAAAUGAUGAAUGAUGAAGAGGGUGGAGAAGGAGAAGGAGAAGAAGAAGGUGGUGGUGGUGGUGCUGCUGCUGAUGAAAAAGGAGUCGAGCAAGGAAUGGAGAAAAUGCCUCCGGUGAAUUAUGAUUUGUUGAGCAAAAAUAGGAAGGCCAAAAAGAAAAAGGCGAAAAAAAUGAGUGGGAAGGAGCAAGAAAUGAGAUUGGUCAAUGAGAAUGAUCCAUUAUCGUUACUAAAGGGGAGAGAUGAGCCAAAUAAUAGAAAGCGUGAUCAACUCAAUGUUGCAGGUGUGUUUGAUAAUGAUGAGGGUACAAAUGAGCAAGUAGAAGAAGAUUAUGCCAUGGGGGAUCAUGAGGAGGAGGAACUGCCUAAUUAUGAGUCUUUAAUCGAUCCUAAGAAUAUAAAGGCAAUGAGUAGUGUGUAUCCGAAGAGUGAUAUGCCUCAGAAUAUAAAGCUAGGAAGAAAGCAACAGGCGAAAACAACGAGCUCUGCACUUAGUACUGUUAGUCAUGGAAUGGCCGCCUUGAAAGAAACGGGUGAUUAUAGUCAUGGCCAAGUAACGUUGAGCUCAAUUAUUGGAACUUAUGAGCACAAGACAGGGGAGAAUGCCCGCCAUAGUCCUAAAACCGUGCGCAGGAGCAACAUCACUUCCAAAAGAGGCGCAGAUGUUGCUAGGCAUGAGACCGUGGAUGCAGCUGAUGAGGAUGUCGAGCAGGAGAAGAACACGGUUGAUGAUACAGGUAUGUCUAGAUUCGCAGAUCCUGGUGAGGGUGAAGAAGAUGAUGAAUCAAGAAAGGUGGAAAGUGGUGACGUUGAAGAGGACGGGAAAGAUGAAAACCUAACAGAGGCAAAGAAUAUGGUGGCUGGAAGGCAUGCUCCACUUGGUCCGGUAGAUGAGAGGUUGUCGGAUGAGUAUAGCAAUAAGGAGAAUAAGGGAGUUGGAAAACUUUAUCCUAAAACUCGGUCUCAAGGAGAUAUCAGUGCCGUUGGUGCGUUGGUGAAGAUGGGAGUUGAUGAUUAUGAUUUGUUAGAGAAGGGGAUUGAAGAAGAGGUAAAUGAAGAUGAAGCCGACGAAGAAAAGCUGAAUUUGGCAGCAGGCCUACAAGUGAUUCCUGCGGUGGAUCAUGUGUCGUUGGAAAAGAAGAAAAUGAUGCCCGGGGUAAAAGCAAUUAGUGGUAUGUUUGAUGAAGCCACUAAAAAGAAAAAUCUAAGUAAAAGUAGAAGAGGUCAAGGCGAGCAGGCUAAGGAAGGGAUGGGUGGUGCUUUAGUCAACAAGGUAGUUGAUAACAAGAAUAUGAUCAUAUCCAUGGCUGAGGAGAACCAGACAGGGAAUGAGAAAAGUUGUGAUCUGGUAGAAAGGUUGAAUGAUGAAGAGAACGAAGAAACCGAGCAUGGAAUGGGGGAGAUGCCUUUUGAUUCGUUGAGUGCUUUGGCGAAGAAUAUAGAGGACGGAAAGCAGCAACACUUACAAGAGAGGUGCAACAAGACUGUGAAGAAUGGCCGCAAGCACGCUAAAGAUGGGCGAGGGAGCAGCAUCAGUAACAAGAAAGGGGCAGCUCAGCCUCAGUGUGAAGAUCAUAUUGGUGACAAAUUACAACCACCGAAUACCGAAGGUGAUUCUGCUAAGGAUGAGCAGGAUGUUGGUGCUGAUGCUGCUGCUGAAUAUGACACAACGGAAGCUGCGGCCGAUGAUGAUGAUGGUGCUGGGCAGUGUGGUACUACUACCCAAGAGGAUUCCCUAUAUAGUGUGCAAGCCUAGUUUACUUAUGUUGAUUGCACUUUUUUCUCAUGUAUUGUGUGGUUUUAAAUAGUGUGCUAUGUAUUGGAUUGCAGGUCUUAUGUUUAUUUUCCCACUACUUAGGUGGUGUGGGACUUUUGUUUAACAAAAAUAAAGAGUUGGCAUUUUAAUA